GACAAAAAUACAAAAAAAAAAAAAAAGAAAAAGAAAAGAAAAAAUGGCGACCUCUUCUACGUCGUCGGCUCCGUUUUCUUGACUCUCUGUACUUUUCCACUCUCUCUCUCUCUCUCUACAAACACAAAAACCAGAGAGCGACUGCCUCUAGGGCUUCAGCCAGCAGAGAAGAUGGGAGUCGCUACCAGACAGCUCAAGGCUAUGCUUCGCAAGAACUGGCUUCUCAAAAUUCGUCACCCUUAUAUUACCGCUGCUGAGAUUUUGCUUCCUACAGUGGUUAUGUUGUUGUUAAUAGCAGUAAGGACUCGAGUUGAUACACGAAUUCACCCAGCUCAACCGUAUAUACAGAAAGAUAUGUUUGUGGAAGUAGGCAAAGGAGCGUCUCCUAAUUUUGAACAACUUCUAGAACUACUAUUGAGUAAAGGAGAGUAUUUGGCUUUUGCACCCGAUACAGAGAAGACAAAGACAAUGAUUAACAUAAUGUCGAUAAAAUUUCCCCUUUUACAGCUAGUUAGCAGAGUCUACAAAGAUGAAGAGGAGCUGGAAACCUAUAUUCGUUCGGAUAACUACGCCAUCUGCAGUCAAAUAAGGAAUUGUUCAAACCCUAAAAUCAAAGGAGCGGUGGUAUUCCAUGAUCAAGGUCCUCAGUUGUUUGAUUAUAGUAUACGUCUCAAUCACACGUGGGCUUUCAAGGGAUUUCCUGAUAUUAGAUCCAUUAUGGACACAAAUGGUCCUUAUGUUAAUGACUUGGAACUGGGCGUUAAUCCUGUGCCGAUAUUGCAGUAUAGCUUCAGUGGUUUCUUGACUCUCCAGCAGAUACUGGAUUCCUUUAUAAUUUUUGCUGCACAACAAUCUGACAUUGGAAAUGUUGAACCUUCUUAUAUCCACCCCUUUGGGGAAUCUUCAUCCCUUAAAGGGCCAUUUAUGCAAUUUAGCCCUUCUAACAUAAGAAUAGCUCCCUUUCCCACCCGGGAAUACACUGAUGAUGAGUUCCAGUCAAUCGUCAAGAAGGUCAUGGGUGUAUUGUAUCUUCUGGGAUUUCUAUACCCAAUCUCUCGUCUAAUCAGCUAUACGGUAUUUGAGAAGGAGCAGAAGAUAAAAGAAGGUCUCUACAUGAUGGGACUAAAAGAUGAAAUAUUCUACCUUUCUUGGUUUAUUGUGUAUUCUUUGCAGUUUGCAGUUUCGUCUGCAAUUAUUGUGGUUUGCACAAUGGGCAGCCUUUUCAAAUAUAGCGACAAAACAGUUGUUUUCACAUACUUCUUUCUGUUUGGACUAAGUGCAAUAACACUAUCAUUUUUGAUCUCUACAUUUUUUUCACGAGCCAAAACCGCCGUUGCCGUUGGAACCCUUUCUUUUUUAGGUGGCUUUUUUCCAUAUUAUUCUGUUGAUGACCAAGCUGUUUCAAUGAUAUUAAAGGUUGUAUCUUCUCUGCUUUCACCUACGGCCUUUGCUCUUGGUUCGGUUAACAUUGCUGAUUAUGAGCGUGCUCAUGUGGGACUUCGUUGGAGCAACAUGUGGCGACCAUCUUCUGGAGUCAACUUUUCAAUCUGCCUUUUGAUGAUGCUGGUCGACACAUUGCUGUACGGUGCAAUCGGUCUUUACUUGGAUAAGGUCCUUCCCAGAGAGAAUGGAAUUCGUUACCCAUGGAACUUCAUUUUCAAGAAGACUUUUUGGAAGAAGACAAAUAUGAGCAUUGAUUACGCUUCCAUUCUUGACGCUAGUAUAAAUGGAAAAGCUUCAGGGAAUUUCCAUGGUAAAGAUAAUUUAACUCCAUCUGUGGAAGCAAUUAGCUUGGACAUGAAACAACAAGAGCUUGAUGGCAGAUGCAUCCAAAUAAGGAAUCUGCGCAAGGUAUAUGACACUAAAAAAGGGAAGUGUUGUGCUGUUAACUCAUUACAACUCAACUUGUAUGAAAAUCAGAUUCUUGCUCUUCUAGGACACAAUGGGGCUGGUAAAAGUACAACAAUUUCGAUGCUUGUUGGUCUUAUUCCACCUACUUCAGGGGAUGCUUUGGUGUUUGGGAAGAAUAUAAUAUCAGAAAUGGACGAGAUAAGAAAGGUAUUGGGUGUGUGUCCUCAAAAUGAUAUCCUUUUCCCAGAAUUAACUGUGAGGGAACAUUUAGAAAUAUUUGCCAAAUUGAAAGGUGUUGAGGAGGAUUCUACAGAAAGAGUUGUUACUGAUAUGGUUGAUCAAGUGGGGCUGGCUGACAAAAUUAACACUGUUGUGAAGGCUCUUUCUGGAGGUAUGAAGAGGAAAUUAUCUCUUGGUAUUGCGCUGAUAGGGAAUAGUAAGGUUAUAAUUCUUGAUGAACCUACCAGUGGGAUGGAUCCGUACUCGAUGCGUUUGACAUGGCAAUUAAUAAAGAAAAUAAAGAAGGGCAGGAUAAUUUUGCUAACAACUCAUUCAAUGGAUGAGGCUGAGGAACUUGGUGAUCGGAUUGCUAUCAUGGCUAACGGUUCCUUAAAAUGCUGUGGAAGCUCCCUUUUCCUGAAGCAUCAAUACGGAGUUGGUUACACUCUAACUUUAGUAAAGUCUGCACCUACUGCCUCUGUAGCUGCUGACAUUGUUUAUCGCCAUAUUCCAUCGGCUACAUGUGUGAGCGAGGUUGGAACUGAGAUUUCUUUCAAGCUUCCUAUAGCAUCUUCAAUGUCGUUUGAGAAUAUGUUUAGGGAAAUAGAAGGGUGCAUGAAAAAACCAGAUUUUGACGUAAAAGCAAGUGACGGUGAAGAGAGAGAUUAUGCUAUGAUUGAAAGUUAUGGUAUAUCGGUCACAACUCUCGAGGAAGUAUUCCUCAGAGUUGCGGGGUGUGACUACAAUGAAGCUGAAUGUUUAGAGCAGAAAAAUAGUAUCUGUUUACCUUCUCCUGUGACUUCUGAGGUUCCUCAUGAUACAGCUCCCAAAAAGAUUUUGCAAUCUGACAAACUUUUGGGUAACUAUAAAGAUAUUCUGAGGUUCAUGUGUACUGUGGUGGGGAAAGUUUGCGGGUUGAUUUUCGCUACAAUUUUAAGUUUCAUUAACUUCUUAAGUAUGCAAUGCUGUUGUUGCUGUAUCAUUUCAAGGUCAACAUUUUGGCAGCACUGUAAAGCGCUAUUCAUAAAAAGAGCAAUAUCUGCUCGGAGGGAUCGGAAAACAAUUGUUUUCCAGCUUCUGAUUCCUGUUGUGUUCUUGUUUGUUGGUCUUCUUUUUCUCAAGCUCAAACCACAUCCUGAUCAGCAGUCUGUGAACUUUACGACCUCAAAUUUCAAUACUUUGUUAAGUGGUAGUGGCGGCGGCGGUCCAAUUCCUUUUGACUUAUCGACACCUAUUGCCAAGGAGGUAUCACAGUAUAUUGAAGGGGGUUGGAUCCAAAGCUUUAAACCUAGUGCAUAUCGAUUCCCUGAUUCAGAAAAGGCACUAACUGAUGCAAUUGAGGCUGCAGGACCCACUCUGGGACCAGUUUUACUUUCAAUGAGUGAAUAUCUAAUGUCUAGCUUUAAUGAAUCUUACCAGUCAAGAUACGGGGCAAUUGUUAUGGAUGAUAUGAAUGAAGAUGGAACUUUAGGAUACACUGUACUGCAUAACAGCUCUUGUCAGCAUGCUGCUCCAACUUUUAUUAAUUUAAUGAAUGCUGCAAUUCUUAGGCUUGCUACCCAGGAUAAAAAUAUGACAAUUAGAACACGCAACCACCCCCUGCCAAUGACUUAUAGCCAGCAUUUGCAACGUCAUGAUCUGGAUGCCUUCUCUGCUGCAGUUAUUGUUAGCAUUGCCUUCUCAUUCAUUCCUGCUUCAUUUGCUGUUUCCAUUGUGAAGGAGCGAGAAGUAAAAGCUAAGCACCAACAACUGAUAAGCGGGGUUUCUAUACUUUCAUAUUGGGCUUCCACUUACAUAUGGGACUUCAUCAGCUUCUUAUUUCCUUUCUCAUUUGCAAUUGGUCUUUUUAGUAUAUUUGGUCUGGACCAGUUUAUCGGAAGGGAUUGUUUCUUGCCAACAGUCAUCAUGUUUUUGGGAUAUGGUUUAGCAGUUGCAUCGUCAACAUAUUGCCUUUCUUUCUUCUUUUCAGACCAUACUAUGGCUCAGAAUGUAGUUCUCUUGAUCAACUUUUUCUCUGGACUCAUUCUUAUGGUCAUAUCUUUCAUCAUGGGGCUUAUUAAGUCAACUGUUAGUGCAAAUUCUUUUCUCAAGAAUUUCUUCCGACUUUCUCCAGGGUUUUGCUUUGCUGAUGGGCUUGCAUCACUAGCUCUUCUGCGUCAAGGGAUGAAAGAUAAAUCUAGUGAUGCGGCUUUUGAUUGGAAUGUAACUGGUGCUUCUAUAUGCUAUCUUGGUGUUGAGAGCAUUUGUUACUUCCUCUUGACACUUGGGCUUGAACUCUUGCCUUCCUACAAGGAGUGGUGGAGUAUAAAAAGUUUCCGACGGGAUGGUUCUCCUCAUUUAGAACCACUUUUGGGAUCCUCUGCAGAAAAGGUUGCUCUUGACUUUGAUGAAGACUCAGAUGUGGCAAUGGAAAGAAACAGAGUACUUUCAGGUUCCAUUGAGAAUGCUAUCAUUUACUUGCGUAAUCUUCGAAAGGUGUAUCCUGGAGGAAAAGUGGCAGUGCAAUCUCUGACUUUCUCAGUUCAAGAAGGGGAAUGUUUUGGCUUUUUAGGCACAAAUGGAGCAGGGAAGACAACCACUCUGUCAAUGCUAUCUGGAGAGGAAUCUCCAACAGAUGGAUCAGCUUACAUAUUUGGGAAAAGUAUUCGCACCAAUCCAAAGGCAGCUCGUCAGCAGAUUGGGUUUUGCCCACAGUUUGAUGCUUUGCUAGAAUUUUUAACUGUCCAAGAGCAUCUUGAGCUUUAUGCAAAAAUAAAAGGAGUGUCAGAUUAUCGUAUAGAUGAUGUUGUAAUGGAAAAGUUAGUGGAGUUUGACUUGUUGAAGCAUGCUAACAAACCAUCAUUUUCUCUAAGUGGAGGAAACAAGCGUAAAUUGUCUGUUGCGAUCGCAAUGAUUGGAGAUCCUCCUAUAGUCAUACUUGAUGAACCAUCUACAGGUAUGGAUCCAAUUGCCAAACGUUUCAUGUGGGAGGUGAUAUCCCGUAUCUCAACAAGACGAGGAAAGACCGCUGUAAUUCUUACUACCCACAGCAUGGAUGAAGCUCAAGCUCUGUGUACCAGGAUGGGGAUAAUGGUUGGAGGCCGACUGAGAUGCAUUGGAAGUCCUCAGCAUCUGAAAACAAGAUUCGGGAAUCAUCUUGAGCUAGAGAUUAAACCUAUUGAAGUUAGCCGCGAGGACAUGGAAAAUCUUUGCGAAAUCAUUCAUGAAAGACUCGUUAAUAUUCCUGCACACUCUAGAAGUUUACUUGGUGAUCUUGAGGCUUGCAUUGGGAGAAUUGACACCAUUACAUCAGAAAAUACGUCUCGUGCAGAGAUUAGCUUGUCACGGGAAGUUAUAAGUAUGAUUGGAAGGUGGCUUGGCAAUGAAGAAAGAAUUCAGAUGCUCAUCUCGUCCACACCUGUACCUGAUGGGUUUUUCGGCGAACAGUUGUGUGAGCAGUUAGUUCGGGAUGGUGGUAUCCCUUUGCCGAUAUUUUCCGAAUGGUGGUUAUCCAAAGAAAAGUUUUCAGCAAUUGAAUCAUUUGUUGUCUCAUCAUUUCUGGGUGCAACUUUCCAAGGAUGCAAUGGGCUGAGUGUUAAAUAUCAGUUGCCUUAUGGAGAAGGGAUGUCACUAGCCGAUGUCUUUGGACACCUCGAACGAAACAGAAAUCAACUUGGCAUCGCAGAAUACAGUCUCAGCCAGUCCAAUCUAGAAACCAUUUUCAAUCAUUUUGCGGCAAACCCCUAAUAUAUAAAAUUUACACAAAACAAAAUUUUACUUGGUUGGUUUUCUCAUUCAACAAAGAGUAACAAAUGAAACAAUUACAACUUAUAGAAGAAGGAUGGUACUCUCCUACAACAAAAUUUUAUCCAUUGAAGGUUGAGGCCAUCUUCUCUUGACUCUUUUGUAAAUAUUACUAACCCCUUAUUCAUAAUUGAAAGUUACAGCAUUUCUCUCUCUCUCUCUCUCUCUCUCUCUAGAUGACUUUUUAUGCUAGAGAAGUACACUUUUGUGUUAAUAUUUUCUUCAAUUACAGAGGUGGGUCAUGCUUAAUUCUUUUCUUCGAUAAA